AUGGAGUCUCUUCUCUGCCUCUUAUCAACGGAAGAAACUCCUAAAGAUAUCUACAAAGAUGCAGAAGACAGAAACAGGAUAUGGUACUUCCCUGAUCAUGACUUCACUCUAUCUACCUCAUGGACGAAGUUUCUAGUGGCGGGAUUCGAGAGGACUCACGCUAACAAGACCGGAACAGGAGUUUAUGAUCUCGACAUUGAUAAAAUCGAUGAGCAAUGGACAAAGGAUCUGCCAAACACAGACAUCGCCGUUGUUUCAGCUGGUCAUUGGUUGUUCAGACCAAUAUACAUACAUAGAGGAGAUGAGAUGAUUGGUUGCAUCUUCUGUUACUCACCAAAUAUGACUCAGAUCAGCUUGAAAGAAGGGUUUAAGCUUGUUUUCUCAGCUGCUUUUAAGCACAUCAAUGCAUGUCGUAGCUGCAAAAGCAACUUAGUGACUGUUCUCAGGACGUUUUCGCCUACGCAUUUCGAGAACGGGACUUGGAACACCGGAGGAGCGUGUGGGAGGACGAAACCUUUUAGGGCAAAUGAAACGGACAUGGAGAGUAGUGGUGAUAUGGAAAUCAGGAGAGCUCAGAUAGAACAGUUUAAAGAGAUGAAACCUGACAGCUUAGAGAAGAAGAAGAAGUUUGGGGUUUUGGAUGUGACUAGAGUGAUGCUAAUGAGAGCAGACGGGCAUCCGAACUCGUACUGGGGAAAUCAAUGGAUGAAAGGUUUCAAUGACUGCACUCACUGGUACUUGCCCGGACCAAUCGAUGCAUGGAGCGAGUUUCUCAUGGUGAUACUUAAGCAACUCAUAAUUAUCCUCAAUAAGACUGUUACUUCUGAUGAGAAUGAGCUGUGUUCUUGUCAAGGAACUUCAAUGCUCCUUCCACCGAGCUUGCGUGAAGGAGCUCCAUCUUCUCUCCCACCUCAGAAAGGUUGUCAAGAUCUUUCAACAUGA